CUUUGGUUUUAGUUUUAUUUUCUGUAAAACACGGUAAAGCUUGCACAGCCUCAGACACGCACAACAAGAAGACAUUAAUAAUUCUUCUUUAGAAUUUGGAGUAGCUGUUGCUUCUUAACAGGAAAAAGACGGACUGCUGAAUCAGGACUUGAGGUGCUUCUUGGACUUUUUCCAGUCUUGUCCUUCUGUAUUUUCUCACUCUUGAUGGUGGAAAAGCCCCCAAGGGUGCCAGGAGGAGCUCAACUCCACAGUGACACUUUGAGUAGACCAGUGCAGACCCUCAGGGUUAAGAUGGUACUUCUGGGAAGCUCUGGUGUGGGAAAGUCCAGCCUGGCACUUCGAUUUGGCAAGGAUGAGUUCAGGGACACAUCACCUACUGUAGGCUGUGCAUACCUGACCCAGAAAGUGCAUCUGAGUGAUGCCACUCUUCGCUUCGAGAUAUGGGACACAGCAGGGCAGGAAAAAUACCACAGUGUCACCCCACUUUACUACAGAGGCGCCCAUGCUGCACUCUUGGUCUAUGAUAUCAGCAAAAGGGUCACAUUUAUCAGAGCUCAAGUGUGGCUCAAAGAGCUUGAGAAACAAUAUGUCCCAGGAUCUACUGUCAUGUGGCUGGUAGGCAACAAGGGAGAUCUGGCACAAGUUCGACAAGUCUCAGUGCAGGAAGGACAGAGUCUGGCCAAUGACAGGGGCUUAUUCUUUACAGAGACAUCAGCCCUGUCAGGGGAUCAAGUCUGCAAGCUGCUGCAAGAUCCCACAGAGUGUACGAGUGCAUUGGUGCGAAGCAGGGAGCUCUGUCAGAGUGGAAGGAGACACCACAUGUGGAUCUGCGUCGUAGAGACACAUUCAACCCUUUUACUUCCUGCUGCAAAGUUGGACCCUGAUAUCUGUCACUGUCAAUUGUAUCGCUGCUUGUCUUUGUUUCUCUGUCUUCAUCGUUUUAAAGCUGCACUGGGUAACACAUGGUCAGCUGGUAUGCAUCAAAGCAUUUCCAAUAAAAAAGGUUUUGUAGAUUCUGCAUCUGUGAUUCUCUGUCCAACCAAUGCACAACAAUAUGCAUUGUUGUGGAGAAUAACCAAGGAACACAUUUUUAGGUUCUUGGCUUUUGUGUAACAAUUGUACUCGACUGGGAUUAUUCACAACAGCUCGAUUGAUUUUCCUCAGUUGGUUUAGGAUCAACCCCCUCAGUCUCUGUCUACGCCAGAUGUUGAAGUGAUACCAAUUUCCUUCAUUCAGUGACUCCUGCCUGUGAGCAAACUGAGCGGAGAUCCCCCAAGCAUUCCGACUUCAGCUGAGUCUGGUUCUACAAAGUCCUUUUUACACAAUAGAGACCGUGUAAAGGUUAAUAAAGUAUUUCCACUG